CUGGACCCUGAAAAUGGGAAUCAAUUAGCAUUGCAUGCCAUCAUCUGCACCAUUUCCCCCUUCCAAUCCCCAAACCUGACUCAAGACAACCCCCUCCAAGACCCAAAGGACCAAGGAUUCUCUUUACAUGCGUGUCGCAGGACGGCCGCCGUUCCAUCGAGUCCGUCACACGAAGACCCGUUACUCUCGUCGACGUCUAUGGAAUUUACAUCCGUCCCGCUCUCGUUCUCAUUCCCCAACUAUCUCUCCAUCGACGGAGAACAGAAUAUUAUCGUCGGCACUCGUUUCGAAUAAGAAUAAGAAUAAGAACAUCUACCUAACCUAAUCUACUGUGGAUACAUCUAUACCGUUACGAACGGGAACCCAACCAUGGCGCUCAUAUCAGUCAAGACCAUCCUGACAUCCCUCUGCCUCUUCCACAUCACCCUAGCCUACUUCUUCUACACGAAUCCCAACGCCAUCGCCGACCAAGCUCUCGUCUACGUGCUAGGCGAAGCCAUGGGCAUGCCCCAGACAGCCGCCUUCGCAAACCCCAGCGCCAUCUCCUCCCUCCUCGGCGUCUUGCUCUUCAUAACCGGACUCUCCGACCUACUCACCCUCUCUAUGCCCGAAGAAGUAUGGCUAAUCCACCACUGGGGCGCGCAAGCACCCCUCCGCAUCAUCGUAUUCGCCUCGCUAUCGCUAUUCGCAUACUUCUCGACGCCGACCGCCGGCCGGUCCGGAUCAAACCGCCUAUCUCACCCGCUGACACCCCCCUCCGCAUUUAUCCCCGGCACCGUAGUUAGCGGUAGCGACGGCUUGCGCAACCGUGUCUUCUUCACCUUUGCCUUCCUCGAAUUUAUGAGCUGGUUCUGGGUCUGGGUCACGCUGAAGGAAGAAUCUGCGACAUUUCUCUCCCGCAAGAAGAGGAGGGGGAGCAGCAGUGGUGGUGAGGUUCUGCGGUAGAUGGAUAGAAGACUUAGAGCAAGGGAAGUGGAUUGCGAUACACGAGCAAAUGUGGAUAAACGAAUGCAUCCUUCAACUUUCGACCUGCGUGGCUUUUCUAGUCCAGAUUUAGCUUUAUUUUCUCCCUAUUUUAGCCACGUUGUGUCGUACAGCGGAUUCUUUAGAAGCAUAUUUUAGCGUG